UUACUAAUAAUUGUUUUUGCUUUGAUUUUCAACUUUAUCACGCAUUUCGGCAUUCUUGACUUUUCCGCAAUUAUUCUGAACGUUCUGAAAAGUUCUUUAUGUUUUAAAAAUCCACAUUAAAACGUCAUAUUAUAAGCAAAUAGCCAGGAACUUAAACAAACUACAACAAUGGCAGCUACGGUUGUUCCAACAGACGUGGUGAUAGCGCAAACCGAAGUUCUGCCUAGGGAAGAAACAACUACUGAUGGCAAUUCACCUCCACCUGUUCUACGUUUGCGCCUGAAUAAACCAAAACCCAGUAAAAAAGUUGGCUGGCAAGAGGGAACUGUGGACAACGAACAUAUGGGCAAAAAGAAAUCCAAAUGUUGUUGUAUAUACAAAAAGCCCGUUGCCUUUGGUGAAAGCUCUUCGGAAGAUGAUGAAGAUUGUGAAAACUGUUUUGGUCAUCCCGAGAAGAAACGACGAAAUCGUAAACAUCAUCAUGACGAAAAUGGUGAUGACAAUCACCACCACCAUGACAACGAACCCUGCGAGCAUCAUGAUCAUGAAACUGGUGAUUAAAUUUUAGAAUUUCUCUAAAAAUCUUCUCAAUACACACACACACACAUAGAGCACAUACGAGUAUUAGUCUAAGAUGUUAAAUUAAAAAUAGUUAUCAACCAAUCAUACAUACAAAAAAGAAACCAGUAAAUCAUUAGUACGAUAUGUUUCUUUACAUGCCAUCCUUUGAUCGAUCAUUGUAGAAAAGAAACACAACAGAGUUCAAUUAAUUUAUAUAUUUAAUAGCCUAUAUUUAUUUGAAAUAUAAAUUUAAAAAAGUAAACAUUAAAUAAUAACAAAAAAAAAAUACAUAAAAAAUAAAAUUAACAAUUAGAAAAAUUAAAAAAAUAUAUGAAUAUACAGGAUAUUAAAACAAACAAAAUUGAACGUAUAUUUUGUUAUUUGUUGGGGAUGAUGAACG